AGAUUCACAUAUUGAAUUAGACAUUGUAAAUAUGGAAAAGAGGCAACGUCCAAAUUAUUUUCUGGCAAUUCAAGUAACCGACAGAAAGAGCAAAAAGAGCUAUGAACAGGUUUCAAGAUAAAUUGAGGAAUUUUUCGCCACUUACUUUAACCGUUUCAACAAUGGGAAACUUUGAGGACCAAGUUGUUUACGCUGCAGUAACAGACAAUCAAAGAUUGAAUGACCUCGUGGAAGAUUUAAGAGAAUCGUUCCAGAGAUGUGGUUUUUUAGUCACAGAUGAAAGAUUCAACCCUCAUGUAACUAUCUGCAAGAUUACGGCAAGGAGUCGGGAACGAGGCAUAAAUCGAAUCGAGCCAUCGUACUAUCAGGAGAAGACAUCUGCUUAUUUUGGACAACAGGACGCCAAAAGCAUCCAGCUUUGUUCUAUGGCCAAACCAAAGUCAGAGUCCGGGUAUUAUCAUGUAGAACACGAAAUCUAUUUCUAGAUGUUUGGAGACACAGAAGAUCAUUGAUUUACAAAUUGAUUUGUGUUUUAUAACGUAACUUCUAGUAUCCAAGACAAUAAAUUUUUAGCAUUCUGUCCACACUAACACACUAACUUAA